AUGGAUCUAGCCUGUGCGCGGCUGGCAGCAUGUGCUGGUCCUCCUGUUGCACAAAGAUUCACCAGCGACCGCGAAAAGGGGUACUUGAUGCUGGCCUAUGCUGCAUUCUCGGACGCGGCAUACUGUCCAUACAACUUUGACUCGAUCACGCCCAACACUCUCUGCAAUACCACGGAUUCCGACUGCACGUUCCUCGACCGAGCCGAGACAGUACACGAGUUCACCAUCGAAAACUACAUUGCGGGCAACAUUGCCGUCUCCCACGUUCUUCAAAACAUUGUCGUCAGCUUCCGCGGAACGGCGUCUGUAUGGGACUUCUUCACCGACGUACGAUACCUGCAAAUCCCGGCCCGGGGGCUUUGCCGCAAGUGUCUCGUCCACCAUGGAUUCUAUCGGGCGUUUGAAAACAUCCAGAGCGAGAUGUUCAAGAAGGUCAGGGCCCUGCUGGAGAAGCACAAAGACUACCGACUCAUCGUGACGGGCCACUCGCUCGGCGGAGCUGUCGCAACGAUUGCCGGGGCCUACCUCCGCCGGCAAAAGAUUGCUUGCGACAUCUAUACGUACGGAUCUCCGCGCGUGGGCGACCGCCAUUUUGCCGACUACGUUAGCAGCCAGCGCAACGGCGUCACUGCGCGCAUCACCAGCCGCUUCGACCCGGUCACGGUGAUGCCGUCGACGCUGCUCAACUUCCAGCACGUCUACCCUGAGUACUGGUUCCAGGAGAGAUUCUCAGUAGAGCCCUUCGUCAAGUGCGAGGGGCCCGAGCGAGGCGAAUGCAGCGCCCAGAUCCCGAGCGCCCUAUUGAACCUGCCGAGGCGGAUCCCCAUGCAUUCCGACUACUGGGCCAAGUCGAAUCCUUGCCCGGCCUAUAGGGAGCAUCAGAUUGCCGAGUCGGAGGCGGCAAAGGAGGGAGGGAUAAGUCAAAACGGGUCUUGA